CACCAAUCAAAGGCCACCGACACGUCACGUCACAAAGAGCUAGAUCUGGUCUCUACAAAUACUCGUGUCAGUCCAAUACAUGCUCUGAACACAUCAAGGACGUCUCUUCAACUCUAUUCUGUGGGUAAAGCAGGAUAAAGCCCCAUUGCUAUCAUAUCAUAUUUUUCUAAUAUUAUUUUUUUAACAUAACAGUGAAGCUCUGGGUUCAAUGAUUCUUCAUAAUGUCAACAUCACAGGGGAUUGCCUGCAGCCCAUCAACUCUACUUGCUUAAAUAUAUACUCUUCUAUGGCAGCUUAUGUGUCACUCUAUGUGUUUGCUGCAGCUGUGGUGAUAUUCACUGUGUGUGGGAAUCUUCUGGUAAUAAUCGCUGUGUAUCAUUUCAAGCAACUUCAUACUCCAACAAAUAUUCUUAUUAUCUCACUGGCUAUUUCUGACUGUCUUGUGGGUGUAUUUGUAAUACCAGUACAUUUCAUGUUUUUGAUUGAAUCAUGUUCACUGUUCGGGCCAACCUUCUGUUCCUUGUACAAAAUGAUCAAUUUCCAGUUAACCUUUGUCUCUAUAUAUAAUAUUACUUUCAUCGCUGUAGACCGAUACUUUGCCUUAAGUAACCCUUUCCUCUACUCCAAGAAGGUUUCACUCUUACUAGUAUUCAUUAUUACAACACAUGUCUGGUUUGUGUCACUGUUUUACAACUGUGCACUUCUUUACUUUAAUGGGAACUUCAGGAACAAAUGUGCAGAUAAAUGUGUUCCCUCUGUUGAUGAAGUGUGGUCUACCAUUGAUCUUGUGGUUGUUUUUAUUUUACCAUGUGCCACUAUCAUCAUUCUGUACCUAAAAGUCUUCUUCAUUGCAAGAAGGCAUGCAGUCCUAAUCAGAGCAGCAUUCAAGGACAGAAAGCAUUUGGAUGUCCAGAACAAUGGUGGCUCAAUGAGAUUAGAGAGGAAAGCUGCUAAAGUUAUUGGAAUUCUUGUAUCAGUCUUUCUGAUAUGUUUAAUACCCUAUUAUAUUUCUACGUUGCUGUUUGAUGUAUUAGCCCAGUCAUACGAACGUGUAGUGAAUACAAUGUUGACACUAUUUUUCCUCAACUCCACUAUGAACCCCAUCAUUUAUGCUCUGUUCUAUCCUUGGUUUCAAAAAAGUAUGAAAUUAAUCAUCACACUGAGAAUAUGCAGGACUGACUCCUCAUUGAUAAAUGUGCUCUCAAAUGACUCUUGA